AUGGCUAAAAGAGUUGCCGAUGCACAAAUACAGAGGGAAACGUACGAUUCUAAUGAAUCAGACGAUGACAUGACCCCCUCAACCAAGGUUGCGUCAUCAGCCGUCAUGAAUAGAAGAAGGAUCGCUAUGCCGAAACGCAGGAUGGCCUUCAAACCUUUUGCUCCUGCAGCAUCUGAUGAAAGUAAGACUGCUAGUUCCUUUAAUUUUUCGAAACAGGAAAAUAACAGUGGAACUAAGGCUGAUAAUGAUCAAACCACACAGUAUAACUCUAAACUAAAAGCAUUAAACCUUCAAUUUAAGUCCAAGAUAGAUGAAUUAGUUUCAGGUGAGCCAUUAGCAGAUUUAAGACCUUUUUUCACGAAAUACGAAUUAUACAUCAAGAAUAUCUUAGAAGUGUCCGAAGAAUCCAAUGAGAACUCAAAAAAGUCAAUUCAAGAGGAUGACAAUAAAUCUGCCAGGGUGGAGGAAGACAUAAAGAGCUCAGAUUCCUCAUCGGAAGGCGAGAUUAAAGUUGAAGGACCAAAAUUUACAAUCGACACGAAGGCGCCUACCUCAGAUUCAGUUUUCUCGUUUGGCCCCAAGAAAGAAAACCUCAAAAAAGAUGAGAGUGAUAGCGAAAGUGAUGUAGAGAUUAAAGGCCCUGAAUUUAAGUUUUCCGGAACUGUCUCAAGUGAUGUAUUUAAGCUGAAUGCCAAUACCGAUAAAAAUGAAAAGAAGAGCGAAACCAAUGCUAAGCCCAUUUCAUUGCCUUCGGCUGCUGAGCAAACCACGGAUAAAAACUCCUUCCCGUCCGUGGGUUCUACCAAAGAAAAUGAGAACAAGAAUGAUAAUGUUAAAUCUUCAUUCAAUUUUGGAACAGGGGCGGUCGUAGAUUCCCAAAAUGCUAAACCGUCUUUUGUAUUUGGUCAAACGGCGGCUAAACCAUUUCAGGAAAAAGGCUUUUCCACCUUUGGUUUCGCAAAAAGUGAAAACACAAAUGAUGCCAACUCUGAUUCUAACUCGAAGACUGAAAGCUCUGGCGAUGGCAAUGAUACAAAACCAUCUUUCGCCUUUUCAAUACCUAGUAAAAAUCCAGAUGCAGCUAAGCCAUCCUUUACUUUUGGAGCUUCAACUUCUCCCAGUGGAACGGCAGAACCAGCGCUUUCGUUUGGUUCAGCAAAAUCACCGAAAAGAGAAACUAAUAUGAAUGACGGAGACCAUAUUGUUGAGAAACCUGCCUUCAAUCUCGUAUCUAGUAUUGACAACGAGAAAAAAGGAGAGAACAAGGAAGAUGCCAAGCCAUUUUUUUCGUUUGGUAAGGCAAAUGGAAAUGAAAGCAAAAGUUCCGACAACUCAGCUUUCUCUUCUGAAUCUGGCAAUGGAAAUGAUAAGAAAGAAAAAACAAAGCCUGCUUUUUCCUUUGGUGCUAGUGCUAGUACCGAUUCAAACACUGGUAGUAAACCUUCCGCAUUUAUCUUCGGCUCUUCUAUAGCUACUAGCAGUACAGAAGAUGCCAAAAAACCUUUCUCAUUUGGUGCAGCUUCGUCAAAUGGCACUCCUUCAUUCUCGUUCGGAAAAGCAACAACAAAAUCCCCUCCUAGUUCUUCGACAUCCCCUACCCCUUCUAUACCAUCAACGGGAUUUAAGUUUUCACUGCCAUUUGAACAGAAGGUAGGCCAAGCUGCAACAGAUGAAAUUGUAGAAGAAUCAACAAUAAAAGCUGCAGGAAGUGACCUGCAAGGUGCAAGCAAGGCAGACACAGCCUCAGAAGAAUCAAAACCAAUGGAUUUACAGAAUGGCGAGGAAAAUGAGGUCGCUUUAUUCUCGCAACGAGCAAAAUUAAUGACUUUCAACGUCGAAACCAAAUCAUAUGAUUCUAAGGGCGUGGGUGAAAUGAAGCUUCUACGGGUGAAGAAUGAUCCCUCUAAAGUUCGUCUGCUUUGUAGAUCUGACGGCAUGGGUAACAUAUUACUCAAUGCAACUGUUGUAGACUCAUUCAAAUAUGAACCUCUAGCUCCAGGAAAUGAAAAUUUAAUCAAAACACCUACAGUCACGGCUGAUGGAAAGUUAAUAACUUACAUCGUCAAAUAUAAACAGAAGGAAGAAGGUCGCUCAUUCAUGAAAGCGAUCGAAGAUGCUAAAAAAGAAAUGAAAAAUUAA